GAAUCAGAAGUUUCUACAGUGAAGGUGAAGCUCAAUGACUCUGCUGUUCUGCCCUGCUCUGGGAGAUGUUCUGGAGUGAUCAGAUGGACCAUGUUCAGUAAACCCAGUGAAACUCUGGCUGAGUGUAAUCGGACUUCCUGCAGAUCAGUGAAGAAGGGAUAUCAGAUGAUCUAUAAUCAAUACCUGCAGGGUAAUCUCUCUCUGAUCAUCCCUGUAGCUGAUUUCAGAAAGAGAGGAUAUUACAUUUGUGACUGUGAUGAUAGAGAUGUCUGUGAUGUUCGUCUACGAAUUAAAACUCUGAACUCUACAGUUUAUAUGAAGGUUGGAGAGACUCUAGUGAUGGAGGUGGAUGUAUUGGAGAAAGUGGAGGUGAUCUACAGCAGCACAGAUCCAGCUAAACCAUCCAGCCGUCAGUUCUGCAGGGUGGACAGACGCUCUGUAGAGUUUGAAUCGGAUUACACACAGAGAGCAUCACUAACAUCUGAUCUGGAGCUGAGAGAAUUAAAGGAGUCUGAUAGUGGGGUUUAUACCUUACAGUACAUGUUGACAAAAGAGGUCAUCUGGAUCUACACAGUGAUCGUCCAUGGUGAUUCUGAAGCUGGUGGUCAGAAACAGAAACCCAGUCCUUCACCAGGUCAUGGAGCUGCUCUACCAGGCUGGGUGUUUGGAGUGUUGGUAGGGUUGGGGGUGGUGUGUGUGGUAUCAGUGGUGGUGAUUUGGGUGCAGUGGAGAAAAAUUAAGCAUCUCCAGAGAAAAUCAGCGAACAAAAGAAAUCCACAGAACAACAGCUUUCCACUGACUGAAGUAGGCAACAACAACGAUGCAGACGAAGAGGAGUAA